AUGGAUUUUCAGCGUUGUAACUCCGUGGAAAACCAUGAUGAACAAGACGAGCUGAAAAAAGACAUAGAUUAUGUUGAUGAAGUAGAAGAUCGGGAGCCUCGAGCAAAAAUGAUAUACCAGAAGUACAUGACCAUGGUCAGUUCUCAGUUCGGAGAAGAAGUAGAAAAUGAAUAUGCUAUGAAAUUGGAAUUCAGAUGUGAAGAUGGGUUUGGUACAUUGCAACGUUCUUAUGUUGCAGUUCAUUUUGUGUGUACUCGCUGUGGGCGAGAUUAUAUUGGUUCAACUAUUCGCCGCUUGGAACAACGUAUAAAAGAACAGAUUACGUCUCGGACAGUUCUUCUUAAAAGCCGAGAAAGUACAGUAUUUCAUUUCAACAUUUUACCUUUUUCUGUGACAGAUGUUUUUAGCAUGGGAGUCGUAAUGUGCAGAAAAAGCUUCAAAGAGGCAGAAGACCGUUGCUUUCAAAAACUGUCAUUUCUCGGUUAUCUCUUGUGCUGGCCAAUGAAACUAACAUUCUUGUGCAGACUUGUUAAUGUAUUUUUGGGUGAUCGUAUGUGUGAGGGACACGAUCCUGUUAACGUGGGAUUUGGCGAGAGUUACGCUACAGGAGAAAAACUGUCAACGGAAAUGAAAAUGAAUUUUAACCUAAACAUGCAGUAUAAGCUGGUGAUACCGGGUCAGCAAGUUGAUCAGAUUACCCCGCAAGAUGUAUCCAAGGCAAUAGAAAAUGAAUUUAAUGUCCGCAAACGUUAUUUCGACUACAUUUUCAAGAUCAUCUGUCGACUUAUAGGUUUCCUGUUCCUUUUAGUCUUCCUUGAAGCUAAAAGCUAUAAUAACUCGUAUUUGAGAGACAUUCAGUUUGAUAACUUCCACAUCACAGCCUACUUUCGUCACAUAGACGCAAGAAGGAAGCGAAAAGGAAAAAGGACACUUUUGCCACUUAAAAAGGGAGAGAAAAAAGAACUUUUAGAUGCCUUAGACAUGCGGAUGUCAGUCGAUGAAAGAAGUAAAAUAAUUUUGGUGUUUUCCGUUAUUUUGUUUAUUGACAAGCUGCUCUUAGACGUCUUAUUGAUAUUGAAGCGUCAUAGCCGGAUUGAUUAUCAUCAACUAGGGACUCAUGACGUCAGAGUAAUCAUCUAUGGCAAUGGAGCCGUAGCAAACUUAGUAAGGGCAGUCUUAAAAGGAUUUAACCAGACGCACACACUGGAUCAAAUCUCAACAAGUGCUGUUUGCCUUCCAUCUCCUCGUAUAUCCGAUGAAAAAGAAAUCACCGUAAUUUACAUAAUUUACUUGCUGAUUUGGAUACUGUUCUUUAUGGAAGCGUAUGGAAUAAGAUUGCGAAGCAGAAUUUGUGGAUUCUUCUAUCCAAAGAGAUCGAAAAAGAGGAUUUUAUUUCUGUACAAUGAGUGGUUGAAGAGGAGACAUUCCUACCUGCAUUACAUGAAACACAAAAUUCGGAAAGCAGCAAGACGAAAGCUUUUAUCACCAAUCAAGCCAACUUUUUUGGACAAAUUGUUCAAAAAUAAACCCUUUGUAGCCAAGCUGUUUACGUUAUUUGUUCCAAGUGACAGGAAGUGUUUACUUUGUGAAGAUCCACAAAAAGCUGAUUUCCACUUCUGUGAGAACAAGAAGUGUAACUUUUGUUAUUGCAAACAGUGUUGGAGUGAACUUAAGCAAUGUUAUGCUUGCAACGCCAAAGACUAUGAUCAUGGUUCAGAUAUUACAGACGAUGAUGAUGACUGGUGA